UUGAGGCCCAUCUCAAGCCAAGCCACCACCGCUACAACAAAGGGGAUUGAUAUACAAGUUAUUAUUUGGGAUGGAAAGGGUGAAGAGACUAGCAGCUGAGCAUGAGGUGCUGAUAAUAAGCAAGACUUCAUGCUGCCUUUGUUAUGCAGUGAAUGUGCUUCUAAGGGAGCUUGGAGUUAGCCCCUUGGUGUACGAGCUGGACCAGGACCCUGAUGCCCGGGACAUGGAGAAGGCUCUUGUAAGGCUACAAGGCUGCCAUACGCCCCCCGUCCCCGCCGUCUUCAUCGCUGGGGACCUCGUCGGCUCGACCAACGAAGUCAUGUCGCUGCACCUCAGCGGAGAGCUGAAUCGAAUGUUGAAGCCCUUCAAGGUGGUUCAAGAGAACUAGAGCUUGUGACAUGAUGAUCAUAUGGAACAACUAACUCAACCUUGGAUUCUCCAAAACUUAGUAGCUUUCUAUGUUAUUAUGUCGUGUGUGUAAUGAAUAAAACUAAGUGUAUGUCAACUAGUCUCAAUGUUGAUUUGGGCUUUAUAACAUAGACCUUUUCUU